AUGGAGAAUCGUCCUACAACACUAACAGGGCAUCUCGCUCACGAUCUACUGCACACACUAGCAGAUCUCAACCGAGGCGACAAGCUACUCGGUAUCAGUUCUCUGCUCAAAAGUGGUGGUGCUACAAAAGAAUGGCAAUCUAUAAGACAUCCAGUGGGAUUUGCUGUGUUGCUUGUUAUGCAAGGGAUCUUGGUCUAUCUGAUCCGCCAUAUCGUUCUCCGCACAGCAGCGACAUUGAUGGUGGAAAACAAAACUCGGGUUCAUCGAAGCAACUCCUCCUCUUCCUCCUCCUCCGGCGGCCAAGCGAAUCAUGGCAAUAUCUUCGGGUUUUUACGACUCGCCGUUGAUUCUCCUCGAAGAUUACGCAGAGAUGUUUUUCUGGACUUGACUUACAAUAUACUCCACUCGCUCUUCACCAAUCUCUUGUCUGGUUUCUUCGCUUCCACGACCUGGCGUUUCAUCUGCCACAUCAUCGCAGUCUUGGUUCUAUCCUCCCUGCACCUUCGCUGGACAUGGACAAUCCUAUCUCUCAAGCGCCCUGCACGGAUAAAAAUUCUUUCGCUACCAAGAAAGAGUCUGAUCUUGCCGGCUUUGGUGUACGGGCUGGCUUAUCGAGUGACUGCCAAACUGCCCACGCAUAUCGCUGACAUGGCAUCUGGAUACCGUGGGGAUGAGAUUGGAGGUAUUGUGUUUGCGGACAGUGUGGUUUUGGUUGCGGCCUUUGCGUUGAGGAUGUUGGUUUUGUAUCCGGCUUUUGCGGCGUAUGUGUACAGUGAGAUUAUGGACAUGGGUAGGAGGGAUGUAGGAGAAAGUGGUCCGUCCGAUGGUCGAGGAGGAGCUUGGGGUCUCGGAGUGGAUGUGUAUGCCAAGACUGUCAGGCUGUGCUUCGGAAACACCGCUAUCUGGUUUGGAUUGUUGCAUCUGCAGAUGGUGGUGAUUCUUGCCGCAUUUGAGGUGCUGGUUGCUCCGGUUGUGUACAGAAUGAUCUUCUAA